CACUGCUUUUGCUUGCCUUUUGAUUCUUUGUAUAUCUUCGCCUUCUCCUCCUCCUCCUCCACUUCCAUGGCUUCCCCUUUCAGCGAUUUCUAGGGUUUCUGACCCCGCGAGCUCCUCACUCAGGUUUCACUUGUUUUCGGGUGGAGGUGGUGGUUUAUUUGGAUGUGGAUUAAUUCAAGGAUUGGUUGGAUUGAGUAGAGUUCACUAGCAGAGGGCAUUGCAUUUGGAUUUAAAGGACAUCUUUUAAAACUAUAUAGAAAUGUCAAAUAAAAAUAUUGCUCGAAAUCCCUGCAAAAGCAAUUGGCAUGCUACUGAAAAGGAGCAACUAAGAAGCAUAAAGCUGCUUGUGCAAUUUCAGCCCUCUUGAUGCCAAACAUUUAAUGUGCUGUAAAGGCUAUAUCUGAUGCAAGGAAUGGAGGCAAUCCAGAUACAUUGGCUUUUGCAGGUCUCUACACCUAACCUUAUCAGUUUUUUGAUGGCAAAGGAUGGUUGAUCAUGCGAACUGUAUCAAGCUUGGGAGAGUGAGACAGUGAAAAUCAAAUAAACCUUGUGUAUCGGCAACACGAUGACGGAGAAUCUCCGGAAACGAGUUUCAAAAUGGGAUGUAGAGACAACUCCUGAUGGAGAUGUUCCAUCGAAGAUUGGACAAGAGAACCUUUUGUCUCAAAUGUCAGACGUUUCUUUGAAGCAUCAAGAGACAAACUUAGAUUUGAAUGCUUCAAAGUGUGAUACUAAUCAAAUUUCCAUGCAUACUGAUAUCGAAGGCAACAUCACUGUGCAAAUUAGUGAAAGUUCAGAAGUAGAACAGUUGACAGAGUAUGCUGAUGAUGGCAGUAUUAGAACAUUUGAUGAUUCUUCUAAAAUGUCCGAGUAUAAUAAGCACUCUGAUAUGGAAAUUGACCCUGAAGAUGACUGUAAGAAGUCAUGUCAGGAACUGAUAUCUGAAAGUCAAAUUAAAGUGAAAGAUGGUGGUGACAUAGAGACAGAAGGUCGUGGUACAGCUCCUGAGCAGAGUAACAGAAGAAACAUGUCUCCCGGUGUUCAUAUGCAAAGGCGCCGUAGUCGGAGCAAUUCACCAAGGAAUGGCAGGAAUAGGUCAUACAGGAGCAGGAGCAACAGCAGGGGCAGAAGCAAAAGCAGGAGCUGGAGCCGCAGCUGGAGCCAAAGUCGAAGCAGGAGCAGGAGCUGGAGCUGCAGUGGCAGCCGCAGCCCUUCUCAUAGGUCAAGGCGAGGAUCUGAGAAGCGGAUAGGUAAAGAGAGAAUGGUUUCAAGGGGAGCAGAACCAUGUAGAGAUUUUACAGCAGGUCGAUGCAGGAGAGGCAGUCAAUGCAGGUUCCUUCAUGAUGAUGCUCGCAGGCAGUAUGAAAAACAUCCUUCCAGAGUUACGUUGGAAAAGGGUGACAGUAAUGUUCGUGAUGAUGCUCGCAGGCAGUAUGAAAAACAUUCUUCCAGAGGUACAUUGGAAAAAGGCGACAGUAACCUUCGUGAUGAUGCUCGCAGGCAGUAUGAAAAACAUUUUUCCAGAGGUAUAUUGGAAAAGGGAGACAGUAACCUUCAUGAUGAUGCUCGCAAACCGUAUAAUAAACAUUCUUCCAGAAGUACAUUGGAAAAGGCUGAUGGUAACCUUCAUGAUGAUACUCGCAGGCAGUAUGAUAAAUACUUUUCUAGAGGUACAUCCGAGAAGGGAGACAGUAAAUUUGGGAGAGGAAGAUCCUCAGGUUUUGAUGUCAAGGAUAAUGUGACCAGUCUACAAGCAGAGAGGGAUUAUUCACAUUAUAAGCAGUCCAAUCGAAAUGGAAAUCAGUAUGAUGAUGACCGGAAGAAGUCUGAACUGCAUAGGAACAACAGAUCCUCUGAGCAUUCUCAGAGAGGAUCGAUAUGUAGAUUAAUUCACCAUGAAUCUUCUCAAGGUGGAUUGAAUGCAGAUGGUGAGGCCAAAGAGAAGAUGCAUGGUAGAAGGGAUGCAGAUGCUUCCUUCCAGCGAAGGAUUGAACCUCACAAGGCUGAUGACAAUGCUCCUGGUCAGUUCUUUGCUGAAGGUCAUGGCCAACAUGGUGAUGUUAGCAGGUUUUCUCAUCAGGAUGUUACACAUGUUGGGUCAAAGGAGAGGCUGCGUGGUGGUAAUAGGUUGGGAGAAGAUGUUAUAGUACUUAGUGUACCAAAUUUAGGUGAUAGGCCGUCUAGUACCUAUUUAAACAAUUCUUCCCAGCGGAUUAGUAAUGUUGCUAGUGCUACAAAAGGGGCUAGUGUGGAAUUUCUAGGAAGAGAAGUCUUGAGACAAGAUCCUCAUCUUCCAAAAUACACGAACCCUGUGGAAAGCAAAUAUGAAAACUUGUCCCAGGAAGCCCCUCAAAGAUCUGUACCUUCCCAAAUUCGCAAUGGAACACCAAUAACUUCUGAGCAGCAUCAACAGGCUGUGGCAGUGUCUACAAAGUCGAUGCCUGACAGUACAUCCGUUCAGCAGUCCUCUACAAUGAAGGUUGGAGGAAGUGGUGUCAAUCCUUUUCCUGGUGAUGCCUUAGGUCAAAAUAAUAUUCAUCAUGCUAUUGUUCCUCCUCUGCAUCGUCAGAACUUUGGUCCAAAUGUGCAGCUUCAGCAGGCUGUUUCUUCAUUUGCUUCUAGUGGGCAGAUGCAUCAGCAAGCGACUUUCCCACUGCCUCUGAAUCAGUUAGUAGGCCUUCAAGGUCCUUCAACUCCUCAGAACUUUAAUAUUGGUUCGCAAAGUCUGGUGGUUCUUCCUUCACCUCUUAUUGGACAAAGAUUUCAGAGUCCAAUGUUAGGGGUGCAGGGCCAACAGAAUGUUCAGGUACUUCAAAAUGGACAGAUUCAGCAAAACUACAACCUCAUUGGACAGAAUCAGCAGAGACUUCCCACACCUUAUGCUGGGCACAACCAACUAAAUGUGAAUCUCAAUGGGCAGAUUCAACAGAGCAUUCCUCUACCAUCUCAUAUUCCCCAACAACAAGUUCCCGGAAAUCUAAUUGUGCGAAGUCAGACUAGUUUAGCACCGAUUUAUAGUGGGCAGGGCCAGCAAAAUCAUGAUUUUGGCAGUCAAAGCCAGCUGAGUCUUCCCCUAUCUCAAGAUCUGCAGAUCCAACAGGCUUUGUCUUCUCUUGGUUCAAAUGGGCAGAAGCAGCAUGCAGCCCUUCAACCUCCUCUGGACACAAGAAGCCUCAAGCCAAAUGAGCAAAGUCAUCAAAUAAACUUGCAGCAAAGUGCAAAUUCGCAUCAGCCUACACAGACAGCUGGAGAUGGAUUGACGCAAAAAAUUGAUAUUCCAGCUAAACCUUCAGAAUUAAGUUCCGAUACGACCACUCGAAAGGUAGUGACCAGUGAGCAGGCUGUGCAGAUAUCAAACCUUUCCGCAUCUUUGGCACAGUUCUUUGGAAGUGCCCAGAACCUUCCACAACUCUAUGCCACACUGAACCCUCUCCCUGUUGGUGGCUCUGCACCAUCACAUCCAUUCCUAAACCCCGGUUCUGCGAGACCUGUUGUCCCAGCAGCAAUACCACCAACUAUUUCCAUUCAGCCUGGUCAAGGAGAAGUGGUGCAGCAGCAUCAAGAUCCUGCAUCUGAUAGUGCAGAACCUAUUAUACCAGAUACCAGUGACUUGCCACCUGGGUUUUCAGCAAAUCCUGUUGGACAAAAAGAUCUGAAACUUGAGAAUUCACAAGCAUCAAAGGGCAUGACUAAGUUAGCAUUCACCGAUGAAGAAGAACAAGCCGAAGUGAUUGCUGAUAAUGAGCUCAAGGAAGUUAAUGAGGCAGAAACUGAUCAAACUAAGAAAGAACAAGCAGCACGAUCUGAGGAUGCAGACCUGGAGAUCAAAACUGAUGGGGAGAGCAAGAAGAACAAAGAUGCGAAAGGGAUACGUAUGUUCAAAUGUGCUCUUGUGGAGUUUGUAAAGGAUAUUUUAAAGCCGCAUUGGAAGGAAGGAUUACUGAGCAAAGAAGUUCAUAAAACAAUAGUCAAGAAAGUUGUUGACAAGGUCACUGUUGUUAUGCAAAGUGGGACGGUUCCUCAGACACCAGAGAAGAUUGAACAUUAUUUAUCACAUUCAAAAGCAAAACUUAACAAACUUGUACAGGCAUAUAUGGAAAAAUAUGCAUAGGGCGGAUCACAUGAUCAAUGGGACCUAAGCUAUUUGCUUGCCACCGGCUUUUGUAGAAGACUGUUGUUUUGCUUUAUUCCCUGAACUCUUUUCUUGUAAAUUUUAAUGGUGAGCACAUAAUUAAGUUAAUGAAGAUUAGUUGGAUCUUUUGUUU